AUGACGAUCCGAGAGUCUCUACCCUCCGGUGCAGAAGGUUCACCCUCUGGUGAGGCAGUUCCAACCUCCGGUGCGUUUGCCAUUCCGCCAAAUGUCAAGAGCAGCAGUGUCGUAUGCAGGCCCAUUAUUGGUCUGGUCGGCACAAGCGCGAUUCGUCGAGCGUCCGUGCUUGUGCCGCUGUGGCCAACUGACCAAUCAGCGGCCCGUCUGCUCAGGUCACGGCGAUGGACUGACACGUCCGCGAGCACCGGAACGACGGUAUCACCCGGAUCUCUUGUCAGCUAG